AUGGCAUCGUCAGGACAUGUCCUCGGUUUGCUGGGGUUCGUUCUUGCAUUCGCCCAUCGCCAUUUUCCGUUGGCAAUGCUCGGUCUUGUGGCGAUUGUCUUCCUUGUAAGUAAAAGGAAAGCCUCGGUCUAUUUACUGGACUUCAAUUGCUACAAGGCGCCCGAUUCUUAUCGGCUACCCAAGUGCAUGUUCAGGGAGCACCUUUUUUCGACGAUAAGUCGAUCCAAAAGCAAAGCUUUCCUAAUCAAGAUCUUCGACAAGUCAGGGUACAGCGAAGAGACCUGCAUUCCCCCAUCAAUUACUGAGUUACCCAUAAAAAAAUCGCUCUCGUCUGCCCUAGAGGAAGCCGAGACGGUCAUCUUCUCCGUCAUUCAUGGCUUGCUGAGGAAGAACAACGUUAGCCCCAGAAGCAUAGACAUAUUGAUUUGCAACAGCACCAUGUUUUGUCCCACGCCAUCUCUAACUGCUAUGGUGGUGAACAAGUUCGGAAUGAGGAGCAAUAUCCAAAGCUACAACCUCUCCGGCAUGGGGUGCAGUGCCGGUGUCGUGUCGGUAGGCCUAGCGCAAGACCUGUUGAGGGUUCACAGGAACUCCUUGGCCCUCAUCGUAAGCACCGAGAUUCUCAACAUGAACUGGUACACGGGGAAGAACGCAUCCAUGUUGAUAACCAAUUGCCUGUUCCGAAUGGGGAGUGCGGCCCUGCUCCUGUCAAGCCGAGAUCAAGACAAGAAGGCGGCCAAGUACGAACUUCAACACCUCGUCAGGACGACCAGAUCUCGUGACGAACAAUCUUACACGUGCGUGUACCAGGAUGUCGACUCCGAGAAUGAAGUUGGGGUGUCGAUAUCCAAGAGCAUUGUGAAUGUUGCCGGGGACGCACUGAAGUCAAACAUGGCUUCCUUAGGCCCUCUGGUUUUGCCUUACACGGAGCAGUGCCGAUAUGCAUGGUCCCUGAUCAAGCGAAAGCUUGGUACUGGGAGAACAACGGAAACUUAUGUACCGAACUUCAGGAGAGCUUUCGAGCACUUCUUCAUACACGCCGGAGGGAAAUCCAUCAUAGAAGCAAUCGGAAAGAACUUGAAGUUGGGCGAAGAAGAUCUGGAAGCAUCGAAGAUGACACUAUACAAGUUCGGGAACACCUCGGCUUCUUCCAUCUGGUAUGAGCUUGCUUACACAGAAGCAAAGGGAAGAGUGAAGGCAGGGGAUAGGAUAUGGCAGAUCGCCUUAGGUAGUGGAUUUAAGUGCAACAGUGCUGUAUGGAGGUGCAUAAAACCCUGCAGCAUCAGAGGGAGCCAAAGUGUGGGAAGGCAAAAUGGAGACAGACCACGUCGAAGUGCCGUAGAUCCGAUAAGAGAAGCAGGUACGUUCGACCUCGACAAGGUUGCAGGCAUAAGCUUCUUCAGGAAGAUGCAAAUUUGA